ACCCUCAAACCCCCCACCCCCCAAACAGCUACCCUCAAAUUUUCUAUCUCUAUUUCUUUCUAUUUUCCUAUUUCCUCUCUUUGAGCUCGAUCGGCAGAUUUCUUCAUUAUCCUUUUUUCUUUUGAAUCUGAUUUGAUUUCGGAGGAAUUUCAAUUUCCCGAUUUUUCAUCUGCUCUAAUCGACGAUUUCAGCCUUUUCUCUCUGUCGAUUGUGUUCUUCGCUGAGCAAAUUAGGGUUUGUAUUCAAUCAGGUUCUUUUGUUUAUCACUUUAUCUGCUUUUUUUUUUCGAUUUUCACAUUCUUUUGCAAAACCCUAGCCUGUUAAGUUUUCCUAUUCUGUCAAAUAUUCGUUGAUUCCUUAUUUUUUGAUUUGUAUAGUUAAAAUUUUGAAGAAAAAAAAAAGAAAAAGAAAGAGUAAGGUGUUGUUUCGCUGAUUGAUUCUAUUGUAUUAUUCAGAUUUUUUGUUACAAGAAGCUCCGUGAGAUUUUAGGUGCGUUGUCUUUUAGUUUACCAUCCGAAAUUGAGGGUUUCCUUGUUGAAUCUAAUAAGCUUCGCGUCACCAAAAAAGAGAGAAAAUAGAAAAAACCAAAAAGAAGAAAAAGAAAAACAAAAUCCUAUUUUUAGGUGUUAGAUUAUUCCUUUUUGGCUGUUGUUAGAGUUGAUCUAAAUCAUAUAUGGCAUUAAAUUUUUCGCAUCGGCCCAUAUUUCCGGCGCAUAUAUCUGAGGAUAAUUUGGUAUCACCCAUGAGAAUUGUGAAUGGGUGUUUAGUCGAGGGUGUUCCGGAGAAUAAUGUGGAGAAUUUUGCUUGGUCGUGGCGUGUUUGUCGAGAACCGCGUGACGGGUUUGAAUAUGGUUAUGGGAGGGAAACAGUAGACAAGUGUGAUUAUUCGGAGUCGGUAUCGGAGGAUAUCAUUGAUCUUCUCCCUGCUGAUCCAUUUGGGAUGGAUAUAAGCACCACUAUCACAGCCAUUACGGGUUGGCUUGAGUAUUUGGAAGUUGAUUAUGGAGGAUGUAGGAGAAACCAUGCCAGUCCAAGUAAUGAGGACUGUGGUUUAAUUGCUGGUUUUGAUUUUGUAUGGAACGAUUCUAUGAGGUUCCAAUCAUUCCCUAUUAAUCACGUUCAGUCUGAUGACAAACUGAAUAGAGGUGAGCCAGUGAGUUUGCUUAUUGGGGAGAGAGAUAUGAGGGACGCCUUGGCCCAUGUUGGUCUUGGCUCAGCUUGCAAUGUGGGGGACACUGCAGGCUUAAAUAAUGUAGGUUCAGUCAGUUUUUUUCCCCUGACCAUGGGAACAGGGUCUGGGGCGACGUCUUGCUCUGGUAAAGAUGAAGGAGCCCCUCAUGAGGCUUUAUCUUUUGCUCUUGGUUACCUUGGAGUGAAGGAUCUUUUGACAGUAGAAAGUGUUUGUAGGUCCUUGCGGCUUACUGUAAAAACUGAUCCUUUAUUGUGGAAAAGCAUUCACAUUGAAAAUCCAUUGACUGAGAUCAGCGAUGAUAUCCUUUUGCAAUUGACUAGCAGGGCUCAAGGUAACUUACAAUGCUUGAGUUUGUUAGAGUGCACCCGCAUCACAGAUGACGGUUUGAGGCGGGUUCUUGACUCUAAUCCACAUUUGACAAAGCUAUUUGUUCCUGCGUGUACAAGACUCAGUAUUGAAGGCAUUGUAAAUAUGUUGAAGUCUUUUAACUGUCAAAGAGGUAAAAUGGGUAUAAAGAACCUGUGGAUUGGCGGUCUUUAUGGAGUGAUGCGUGAGCAUUUUGAAGAGCUGGAGUUUCUUCUAGGUUCAGAUAGCCAGACGAGGCAAAAUGUUUACAAACCCCAUUUCUUUUCUCGAAGGAAUAUUUAUCGUUUGGCUGAUGACAGUCGGGCGAUUGAUGUUCAACUAUGCCCUAUGUGUAAAAAGGUAAGGUUGGUCUAUGAUUGUCCUGCAGAGGGUUGCCAAGUGAAAGAUGAAGCUAUUAAAGAAUGUAGGGCCUGCUCACUUUGCAUCUUACGGUGUAGUGAAUGUGGGAGAUGUAUAAAUAACACAGAGUAUGUGGAGACUUUUUGUUUGGAAUUGCUUUGUUCUGAUUGCUCUAAGCAGCCUUUGGAGUGCAAAAAUGAGCAGAAGUGCAGCCUUUGAAGUGCCAAAAUGGAGCAGGAGGGGGAGGGGCCGGUUCCUGUGAAGGAGAUGGAAGUGUGACUGCCGAGGAGUAAAUAUAUGUGCUAUCAUCUACUUGUUUAAUUGGAUUAAAGAAAAAAUUAAGCAGACAAUUGACUGCUAACAAAUCAAUUUGUGCAAGACUUGCCUAAAAUAAUUGAAUUUGUUUUGUUUGUUGAA